AUGAAUCGGUUUCGCGCCCCCAGGAGGACACCUCCCGAAGAUCCUCCGUCCGAUGCUGAGCCACAUACCACCGAGCCGGAGACUGAAGAGCCGUAUUAUCCCGACCUCUACGAUGUACUCAAAACUCGACAUAUCCUGCGAUGGAAGAUUGUUCCCGAAGGAUUGCCUCUGGAGAUCGUGGAUCUGAUUGUGGAUGCGGCUGAGUAUUGGGCUUCGGUGGAAUCAAAGAUGCAAGGGCAGCGUAUCAUCCGGCAAGACGGGGAUCAGGUACUUGUGCGAACGAGUCCGUUAUGCUAUAAUGAGAAGACGCUGGGUAGCCCGUCACCAAAACUGCUGCCGCAUCGAACGAUCCACCCAUGUCGGAAGAUUGUCUUUUCCAUCGCCUCUCACGAUCAGGGCUGGGGUGGUCGUCGUCGACAAGAUCGCAGUCCGUUCGAGGGGUCCAAUACCUGGUUUGACUUUGAAGUGGUUCACUCUGCGCACCAGGGCACCCCGGCAGAAACCUCGACGCUUCCAGAAGUAGGGGAGAAUGGGAUUCGACUGAGGGCCGGUCAUCCUCUCCUCAACCCCAGUAGACAGAAGCUACAAUCGAAUCGGACAUACGACAGGCAAACCCAUCACUAUACCAUCACCUGGCACCAUCUCGACCGUGUCCCAGCAGAUUCGGAGGAGGCCGAGGAGAUCGAGCGUGCUCAGGGUCGGGGCCGAGCCACGCUGGAUGGCAACCAGAUCCGCACUCUGGGACUAGGCGAUGCGAUUUCCAUCUGGGGACGCGCUCGAUAUGGGGGAUGGUCGAACCAUGUGGAAGAAGUGGCGGUGCGAGUGUUCUGGGCGGUAUGA